AUAUAACUCGUCGCCGUCCUUUGUCACGGCUGCCGCGAGCGCCGACGACAGUGUUGGCAUUGGCAUCGCCAUUAUCACCACCGCCAGCAAUUGUUGACGAGUAACGACGAGGACUUUGACUUCUCACAGGAACCUCUGAAGCAGCUGCUGGCAGUGCUCGUGAAACUGAUGGUACCACCGUGGUCCAUCGAAUGUGCUCGGCUGUCCUCUGACCACUAUCCGACACGCUAUCUGGUCUAGGUCGCGGUGGGCCUGAGUAGCGUCAGUUGUAUCGAGGACUUCUUCGAAUGCCUGUCUGUAUGGGGCACAUAGCCAGGUUCUACUACUACUGCUGCUAGAACGACUUGUACUACGCGAGCGUGUUUGUGCUUUGUAAGCACGAACUGGCGCUGGCCGACGGUUAGAAUCAUUGUCUAUAGCUGCAAGCGACAACUAUCGAAGGAGUUCGCCGCAGGCCGGAGGUACCACGGUCGUUGUCUUAGUGACUAGUCGUUACGGGAAAAAGCAACAGCGUCGGGCUAUGUUUUGUUUAUGCUGCAUUGCAGGCCUCUGCGAUCAUCACAACUCUGAUAGAACAGCAGGGCAUCGGGAGCAGUUCUAACGGCUAUAAUUCGUCGUGUAUAUUUAACUAGGAACAAACAUUAAUGCCAAAGUAGUCGCAGUGUAAAGCUAGUGCCAAAAUAGCACUAGCCCGCCAAGCUACUUGCCCACGAUGACACUCGGCAAGUUCUGGAGCGCUGCGUAUAAGUCCCGAUUAAAGAUGUCCAUAUUCUGCCACGGUCUUCUGGCAGUUGUCCUUCUCGCUAAGGUAUCGGAAGAUAUCCUUGACCGAUUGGACAUCUUCAUCCUUUCACUUCAAGAACUUUACGUUCCGAAACCACUCUUAUGGGAAUGGUGCUGGCUUAUGUCCAUUCCUGUAGCCGGUGUAGGCCUAUCAGCACUCAGAAAAAACAACGCGGCUUCUAUGAAGAUUUAUGUGUCAGGAACAUUUAUGUUUGGCAUAGUGCCUGUCUUAGCUGCCGCAUUUCUAUACUUUAGUGAAAUGAGUGAGUACAUUCAAACGAAAAGCAACGUGACCUUCUGGCAGGGCUACCCCAUAGCCGUACUCUGGUAUAUAUUCAUCGUUCUUGCUGUGCAGAUACACGUAUUUUCGCUGUACUUCGCGAUUCGGUUGAUACUGGCCUGGCAGAAGGUUGUCACAGUGAGAAAGGCCAAGUGAUGCUAGAGCACAGAUUCCUGCUUGGACUGAGAUGAAGUGCUUCAAAAAAACUGUAAAAUUUAUUGGGCUCCAAGUGUAGUAAAGUCACUUUAACGAAUAGAAGACACUUUUCUAACGUGUCUAUUGAUCUUUGCGUGCGUGUGUGUGCGAGUAAAAGAGUAUCUGAUUAGAAUGUCUGAGCCACGAACCGGCUCAUGGUUCCGCAUGCCUUUGUGACUGAGGUUUCGGAAGAACACAGAAUAUAACAGAAACUCUAAUGAUGAAAACUAAACAAGUAAGGAACAAAGAUGAAAGAGCACGACUGGUUGUUUUCUUCUGCGCGCAUGUAUGUUAAUUCGGUGGCCUUUUGCCGCUUCAGAUAAAAAGAGACGCAUGAAAAUGACGGUAACAACGGUAACGAUGAAAUAAAUAUCUUUUUACUCUGUUUUGA